AUGGGACUUCCCGCGCAAAAGCCUUGCCAGUAUGUAAGGCUGCCUCAUUGCGUACUCUGUGGACAGAAAAUUAGUGGGAAUAUCCCCUGCUAUUUAGUUUUAUCGUUUCCUACACGCAAGGAUCCAGUUGUGACUCAAGCUAUAAGCUUCGAAGGUACUCAAGUGAUCUACUUGGAGGGACUAUCCAUUCAAGUUUACAGUCAGCUGCGAAGGAGAGCAAUCUAUACUCCUGCUAUCCACAGUCUUUGCAAAGCAGCUGUAGUGGAUCUUCCAAUCCCUCGCACCCUUUCAAAUCUUACCAUUGCAACAACACCACUCGUAUGGACUGGGAUUCCGCAAGAGAUUUAUAGAACAUAUGCCUUCUAUUCUAACGCAAUAGCCGCCUUGUUUAAAGAUCCUCGCCGCAAAAAUGAUGACGGCAUGCUUUUGGAAUUGUUAGGAAGAUGCGGAAAUCUGCCAGUCGAGCUGGGUGUCAUUAUAUGGGAUUUCCUUAACCCCAGUGCUAUCCGGUGCUUACUUGCACUGAAUGCCACAAAGAGUAUUUGGUCAUGUCUUCCCCAUUCAACUGGACGUGCGACUAUCUCUUUACAUGGGGAGCUGGUGGUUUAUUUCACAAAUAUCCUGAAGGGGACAUAUAUAUGCGGCAUUCGUCAAGGGCACAUACUUUACGGCCACAUGGGCAAUUCUUCGCUUCUGAUUUCAGUACCAGCUUCUAGUACUGCCUGUGUCUUCAGCUUGGGCACUUACGGACUCCAGAAGCUGAAGUUCUUAACGGAGACUGAAGCCAGUUCGAGCAAUGUGGACGAUUUAGAAAGUAGCAAGCUCUUUCAUGUUGUUUCGUGUCGAAGAACAAGGCCCGUCUGCGUGGACAUUGAUUGGGAUGUCUGGAAAAUUUCUAUGGCUAGCUCUCACGAUAAGUCGACAUUCGGACAUGACUUCUUUUGGCUAUCUCCGGUACCUUGCAGCAAGCUGCACUGGCUCUCUCCGGAGCUAUUCUACGAUUGGCCGCGUCAUUUCGAUUUCGCAACCCAGUCUCGGCGAUAUAUGACAUACAUACCUCUACGAAAGAAUCAGCUGCUGUACGGAAUCACCGCAUUUUGCUCCGAUAAAGGACUUGUUGGUUUGGGAACCCACCAUCGUUCUACAGAACCUAGAGAGCAGCCUUCUACGGUAUCGUGGUAUGGCGAACAGCACGGCUGCCCUAUCCAUAUUCAAUUUGACUGCUCAGAUACUAUAACGUCGAUUUAUGUCUACUGGCAUCAAAGUGAUUCGUUGUACAAUCGUUAUCUUGCUAUUACAACUAGCAAAGACAGACAAUACUUUCUCGGGCCUUCUUUUACGCCUUCGAAAACCAGGAUGCAGAAAAUAUAUGGUCCAGAAGAUGGAGAAAUUCUUGGCCUUUACUAUGAUGUGUCUCCUGGCCUACCUAGCUUCACGAGCUUGGGAACAAUCUGUCAGCCACUUAAGUCCCCAAUGGAAUCAAAACACGAUCUUCAACCACAAAUGAGACAGGCUUCUCCUGUGGUGGAUCUCUUAAACAUUCGCAUAAUCAAAGCUUGCUAUAUGAAUUCUCGUUGUACAGGAAUCCUUCUUUAUUACAACGAUGAUGCAAUACGCAUCCUAGGUCGAUGGUACGAGAGUACGCGGAUACAGCCGGAUAUAGAAGAGAUAUUCUUCCAGAAUGAUAAUGUUCUACGAUUUUACUUAACCUACACUGACAAUCAGUUGAGUCUUAUUCGGGUUAAAGCGCUGCCACGCACUACUCCCCUUGAAAGAGAUAUAGUGUUCCUUGAUAUAUUGUAUGGUAAUGAAAUUGUAUGGCUAUUUUCGGAAGAUUCCGAUAUCAUCUUCUGUGACCCUGAUUAA